CUUUUUUCUCUGUUGUUUUUUUUUUUCCUCACUGAAAACUUGUUAGGGAGUGUUUGGAUGUGCAAAACACAAUCCUUACAAUAGAUGGCAGAGAUACACGCGUAGGGGCCUGGGUGUUGCUUUCGUCAAUGGGGGGUGUUUACUUAGUUCAUGUCGCUUCUCAGAUUUCGUUUCGUUGGGAUUACGGGUCACGUGAUGCAUCACGUGACACGAAAGUCAUGUGACCACACACGUGACCAUUUAUCUUUUCAUUUUUUUUUCAAUUAUCCAUUCUAAUAUAAGGUAUAUCCUGGAGAUAACGGGAGGAAUCCACCCUUUAACCUUCACCACCAUGAGUGCUCCACCGUUUGCCAAUGAAUACGCUUUGCGCAUGGUGGCAGAAAACGACUCGAAAGCAUGCAAUACGUGCUACAAACCCACCAAUACGGUGUUAUUAAGUAGUAACCAAAAAGAUUUCUUCUACGUCUGUGAACAACAUUUGAAAGAUGAAACUUUUGCUACCGCCAUUCAACCAGAGGAGUAUAAAGAAUUGAUAAAGGAGAAGGCCAAGCUAACUGGGGACUUGGCCCAAUGGAAAUACGAUAUGGAUAAAAUCAAACCGUAUGCAUGGACAAAAUUAGUUUCGAAUUUAUCAUUAAGUAAAGAAAAAGAUGGAAAGGAGAAUGAAGAAUAUAAGGAGUUAUCGAUUAAAAUAAUGGCAAAUAACGAAAGAUUGAAUCAGUUGAAUGAACAAAUAAAGAAUUACAAAUUUAAACAAUAUAAAUUAGAUAAAGAUAUUUAUAAGAUACGAAUUAAUAAUUUUAUUCAAAUGCAAGUGAAUAAAAAAAGACAGCAAAAGAUUCAUUCUACAAAUUACUUCCCAUCAGUACCUCAAAAUAAGAUUGUUUAA